CGUCUCGGAGAGGGCUGCCUCCCGGCGCUCCGGGCUGGGUCGCUGCGCCUGCCUCUUUGCCCUCCCCGGGCUGCCCGCGCGGCCCCCGCGGGCCCGAGGACCCUCGGCUGGCCGAGCGCGGCCAACUGGUCAGCGGCGCGAGGCACCCGCCAAAGUCCGUAAGUCCUCGUCGGGGUUAGAGGCUCUUCUGGACGCACCGUGGGGGGCUUCGCCAGCCCUGCGAGGCCUUCCGUGCGACGGACGCGCUACCGGCCUGUCCGUUUCUCGGUUCGAAGAGCGCCGUGCUUGAAGGAGAAAACGGAACCUGUGCGGCCGAAGUGCCGGACUGACCCGAGGGGAGCGGGCACAGGGAGGCUGCGGAGGACGACUCCGUCCCCAAACUACCGCAGGAGAGAGAACCUUCCAUGUCAUCCCCGCCCGAAGGCCCCAAACGGAGCAGCCUCCCCGAGCAGUCCCCCUGCGCCCAGGCCCUUCAGGGAGAGCCUUUUCAAUUAAAAGGAUGUGGACGGGUUACUUCCCGUCUUACAGCUGAAAUCCUGACAAAACCGCUGCACCUCCCCACCGGAGCUGCAAAAUCCGAAGAAGAGGAGCGUGGCUCCACACCUUCGUGGGUGGCGCUGCACACGUUCAUCAUUUCCUGGGCACCUUUCUUGUUAGACGUAGAGAAAAUGCAAGAGCUCUAGGUGGUUAAGUGGAAGGUUGAAGAAGUUGAUGAUAGGAAACAUUUAAUUAGCAUUUCCUUUUGCCAUGCAUAUGAUCUCGUGCAGUCGCCACAGUUUUGUCCAAAAUCUCACAGGUGACUCUACCUGAAUUUUCCAGCUGCAGAAUGUGUAGUGCUUUUAAAGGUUGGCAAUGAUGAGUAAACUGGAAUUAAAGGAAGACAAGAUCAUGGAGGUUCAGUUUGUGGGAGAUGAUGAUGUCCUUAAUCACAUUCUUGAUAGAGAAGGAGGAGCUAAAUUAAAAAAGGAGCGAGCUCAGCUUUUGGUCAACCCAAAAAAAAUAAUAAAAAAGCCAGAAUAUGAUUUGGAAGAAGAUGACCAGGAAGUCUUAAAAGAUCAGAACUAUGUGGAAGUUUUAGGACGAGAUAUUCAAGAAUCCUUGAAAAAUGGCUCUGCUGCAGAUGGUGGGAAUAAAGUUUAUUCUUUUCAGAACAGAAAACACUCUGAAAAGAUGGCUAAAUUAGCUUCAGAACUAGCAAACACACCAAGAAAAAAUGUUUCAUUCGGUAUGAAGAAUGAUCCUGAAAUUAUGAUAAACAUUCCUCAGUGUAGCAAGGAGCAUUCUGCUUCAGACAAAGUUCAGUUGAAGAACAGCGAUAAAAGUGAACUUCUGUCAGCAGCACCUAGUGGUCUGAGGAAAAGAUUAAUAGGUCCAAGGUCUCAGUCUGACAGUGAAAGCGAAUAUUCUGCUUCCAACUCAGAAGAUGAUGAUGGCGUUGCCCAAGAACGUGAAGAGGACACUGAUGAAGUCACAAUGAGCCAAAAGAGUCCAUCUCAGAAUAGAGCUAUGUCAGCUCCUGUUUGCAAAGAAACACCUUCUAAGAAAAUGAAAAGAGAUAAAACAAGUGAUUUGGUAGAAGAAUAUUUUGAAGCUCAUAGCAGUUCAAAAGUUUUGACCUCUGACAGAACACUGCAGAAACUAAAGCGAGCCAAACUGGAUCAGCAAACUUUGCGUAACUUAUUGGGCAAAGUUUCUCCUUCCUUUUCUGCUGAACUUAAACAACUAAAUCAACAAUAUGAACAAUUAUUUCAUAAGUGGAUGUUGCAGUUACGCCUGGGGUUCAACAUUGUGCUUUAUGGUUUGGGUUCUAAGAGAGAUUUACUAGAAAGGUUUCGAACCAGUGUGCUGCAAGAUUCCAUUCAUGUUGUCAUCAAUGGCUUCUUUCCUGGAAUAAGUGUGAAAUCAAUCCUGAAUUCUGUAACAGAAGAAGUCCUGGAUCAUAUGGGUACUUUCCGCAGUGCAUUGGAUCAGCUAGACUGGAUAGUAAACAAAUUUAAAGAAGAUUCUUCUUUGGAACUCUUCCUUCUCAUCCACAAUUUGGAUAGCCAAAUGUUGAGAGGAGACAAAAGCCAGCAGAUUAUUGGACAGUUGUCCUCUUUACGUAACAUAUACCUUAUAGCAUCUAUCGAUCACCUCAAUGCCCCUCUCAUGUGGGAUCAUGCAAAGCAGAGUCUUUAUAACUGGCUCUGGUAUGAAACUACUACAUAUAGUCCUUAUACUGAAGAAACCUCCUAUGAGAAUUCUCUUUUGGUUAAACAAUCUGGAUCGUUACCACUUAGUUCCCUAAUUCAUGUCUUACGAAGCCUUACCCCUAAUGCAAGGGGGAUUUUCAGGCUACUGAUAAAGUAUCAGCUGGAUAACCAGGAUAACCCUUCUUACAUUGGAUUUUCUUUUCAAGAUUUUUACCAACAGUGUCGGGAGGCAUUCCUGGUCAAUAGUGAUCUGACACUUCGGGCCCAGUUAACUGAAUUUAGGGACCACAAGCUUUUAAGGACAAAGAAGGGAACCGACGGGGUGGAGUACCUGCUAAUCCCUGUGGACAGUGGAACGCUGAGGGAGUUCCUGGAAAAGGAAGAAGAGGAGUCUUGAAGUUGUCCUUUCCUCUUGAAUCUUCUGUGGAAGGAAGGUUGUACCCCAGCUGCCACUCCUCUAGUCUGAAGUGUUGUGUUUACAUCUAACAUUAGAUCCUUCCAGUGUACGAGACUUCAAGUUGGGAGGGGAGGGAUGUCGUCGCUGAGAACCUUGGUUUAGCCUGGCUGGUGCACCAUCUCUCGUGCUAUGCAGCGGUCCUCAAGUCGGAGAAAACGUGCCUUUCAUUCAUUACCUCUCUGGAGACUUCGUGCUGGAAUGAACUGUGUGCUCAGGGACUAUUUGGAGCUGGAUGUUUUUGGAUUCUUUUAUACUAGAGAUGAUAUUAUUCCCAAUUUUUGAGGGCCUUUUAAACGCUCCCAGAGCGGACUGUUUGCAGAUGUGUUUGUUCCAGAGCAUGGAGGUACAAAAACAGUGAUAUCACAUAAAUCUACUUGCUCCUCUGUGAGAGCUGAUGAGUGUAAAGAAGGCAGAUCAGCUUACUGUUCUCGAAAGGCUUAACAAAAGGUGUGUAACACUGGGGAAGAGUAGGUGAUCUAGCUUUCUCUUUUUGGAUUUAGACUCCAUGCUGGUGGGGUGGAGCAGGAGGACAUGACCCUCUUCAGUUGGGUUAGUGGGAAAAGCAUAAUGAGCCUACAGGGUGUAUACCCACCUUAGAAAGCACAUGAGCAACAAUCAUGAUCCUUGGAACGGCCAACAUCUGUGUCAUCACCUUCGUGACACAAGAAAGAAGCCAGGCUACAGAAGAAACACAGUCCUGAACUACAGUUUAGUCAUUGUUCUUAAGACAACAGAAAAUAAAAAUUCAAUUAUUCUUGUAUUGACAUUUUUCUUCAAUAACUUACAAGUGAGUAGCUUAUUAAUGGCAGAUUUUAAUCUUGAUUUCUCUAUCAAGUAGACCCAGAACUCACUGUAAGACAUUUCAGUUUUUUUCUUUAACAAUUUCAAGCCCUCUAAAUAUUUACACAAGCCUUCUUCAUUAGGAAAGAGAAAAAGGCUAACUUUGGCCACUGGUCAGCUUACAGUCUUCACAUAUUGUCUAAAACAUUACAUACUUGGAAAAGAAAUCCUUCAUUAAAAUAUCACUGUCAUGAACAAGUGAGAACUGAUGAGGCGGUACCUACUUUAUUCUGUAAACCCCUUUCAUGAAACUGUUUCCAAAAUGCUCAGAAUUUAAAUCCUUUCUCUUUGUGGCAUAGAAUUUAAAUCCAUGUGUGAGGGUUCAGUCACGUAGAAUCAAAAUAUUUAAACUAGUACAUGAAUUUGAUUCUAAAAAUUGUUGUUACCAAAGGAUAUUCACUAAAAAGUGAGUUUCCUUCCCCUUCACCGAUCCAGUCCCUUAUGCAACCGGCGACAGGAGCUCCCUCCUGCAGAGGUAUUCUAUGCACACGGAAGGUAUGUGUCUGUAUCUCCUUUUAAAAACACAAAUGGUAGCAUAUGAUAUGUGCUCAUUUGCACCUUGCUUUUUUUGCUUAAUAUAUCUAGUUUAUAACUUAUAGUAUAAAAAAGUAUAUAAAAUCUUUAAUUACCUAAUACGCAAAUUUUGCAUUUGCCCUUAAAUAUCUACUGGUUUAUUUUUAUAAUUUUUGUGUCCAUACUUUCUGCAAACAGUAUGUAUCAACAAUCUAUCAAUAAAUAAAAAGCCAAUUUGGAUAGAA